UAAUAGUCGCCUACUUCGAGUGAUUCAUUCGUAUUUUCGUAUUUUAUUGUAUUUACAUCAUUUUCGACGUGAAUUAAUUGAAAUUUUUGUGUCCAGCUGUUUUGGUGCAUUGCCUAAAUUGUGAAAAUUGUGUUUUCCAAAGACGUAAAAUAGAAACAAUUGGAAAAAUGACACAAAUGACUCAAGAAGAGAUUGUCAGUAACACAAAGACAGUCCUACAGGGACUGGAAGCGUUGCGUGUCGAGCACAUGUCCCUCAUGCAAAACCUCUCGGAAGGCAAAAAGGAUCCCGAUAAAUCCGACAUCGUGCAGAAAAACAUCGAAAGUAUUGAAUUAGGAUUAGGCGAGGCGCAAGUCAUCAUCGUGCUGGCAUCGCAUUUGCAAAAUAUCGAAGCGGAGAAGCAAAAACUUCGCACUCAGGUUCGUCGUUUGUGUCAAGAGAACGCCUGGUUGCGUGAUGAGCUCGCCAAUACGCAGCAAAAGUUACAAGCUUCCGAGCAAAUGGUCGCCCAACUCGAGGAGGAGAAGAAGCAUUUGGAAUUUAUGGCAUCUGUGAAGAAAUACGACGAAAACACGGAAAACGAAGAAAGCAUUGAAAAAUCGCGUUCUGUGGAUCCCGUCGUCGAUCUCUUCCCGGAAGAAGAAGCGGAAGAUCGCAACAACAUGUCGCCCAUUCCCCCAAGUCAAUUUGCGAACCAAGCAAAUUCAGGCUACGAAAUUCCCGCGCGUUUGCGAACUUUGCACAAUUUGGUCAUUCAAUACGCGUCGCAAGGACGUUACGAAGUUGCCGUUCCGUUGUGCAAACAAGCGCUCGAAGAUCUCGAAAAGACAAGCGGGCACGAUCAUCCCGACGUUGCGACAAUGUUGAAUAUCCUCGCGUUGGUUUAUCGCGAUCAAAACAAGUAUAAAGAAGCUGCCAACCUUCUAAAUGACGCCUUGAACAUCCGCGAGAAGACAUUGGGCGAAAAUCAUCCCGCAGUUGCCGCAACUCUCAAUAAUUUGGCUGUUUUGUAUGGCAAACGGGGCAAAUACAAGGAUGCUGAACCUCUUUGCAAACGCGCCUUGGAGAUCCGUGAGAAGGUUUUGGGCAAAGAUCAUCCCGAUGUGGCGAAACAAUUGAAUAAUUUGGCACUUUUGUGUCAAAAUCAGGGCAAAUACGACGAAGUUGAGUUGUAUUAUCAACGUGCAUUGGAAAUUUACGAACUCAAGUUGGGACCAGAUGAUCCGAAUGUCGCGAAAACUAAAAAUAACUUGGCUAGUUGCUACUUGAAGCAAGGCAAGUACAAGGAUGCCGAGAUGUUGUACAAACAGGUGUUGACACGAGCUCACGAACGUGAAUUUGGGGCAAUUGACGGCGAUAACAAACCAAUUUGGCAGGUUGCUGAAGAACGCGAAGAAAACAAACACAAAAACUUGGAAAAUACCCCUUACGGCGAAUACGGAGGAUGGCAUAAGGCUGCAAAAGUUGAUUCACCAACGGUAACAACAACAUUAAAAAAUCUCGGUGCUCUAUAUCGACGACAGGGCAAAUACGAGGCUGCCGAAACUUUAGAGGAUUGUGCAUUACGAAGCAAAAAAGAGGCAAUAAAUUUGGUAAAACAGGCAAAAGUAGCACAAAUCCUCGGAGGAGACGAUAAACGUCGCUCUCGACACAUGCGUGGACCAUCUGGCGACGGCGCUGAAAGCUUUGAUGCCAGCAUGGGAGAAUCCGAUCUAAAUCGAAGACUUUCCAAAUCUUAAAAAACAAAAUUUUACAAAAAAUUUAUAAUAUCCAAGUUGCAAAGCGUGCUAACCGAAGCUUUGUAUUCUUUUAAAUUUAUUCUCUGUUAUUAUUUGCACCGUGUUUUAGUUGUAAGAUUAGAUUUUAGUUAUUGUGCGAAUCAAAAUUAAAUUAUUUUUUUCUUUUUUUUUUAUUAUCCAAACCAGUGAACAUUUUGAUUAAAAAAAAUUCAAUAAAAAAAAUAAAUUUUUAGAAAAUUUUUGGAAAAAGUGCUGAAACUACUUAAAAAAUAUCUAAGAUCUGUUGCAAAAAUAUUUAAACUCACGCAAAAAAUUAAAUAAAUAAAAAAAUCUUAAAAAAAUAUUCGAGAAAAAAAAAUACAAAUAAUAAAAUUUAUUUUAAGGCGAAAUUGUAUG